CAGAGUGUAAGCAAGGGGGGUCACUGAAUAGCCGGCCGGAGCUCCUGUUUAGUCGGCGCUGUUGCUCGACCCUGACGACGACUGCUAGGCGGGAGGGUACAGUAAUCAUAAGCCCUGAUUUCAGGAUCGAAUGAUUGUGUUUGUGCUGCUCAGGGCGAGAGUAUAGAUUCGAAGACUCUCUUGCACUGUGGGAUGAGCAUGAUGACCACUGUUCUCACGUACAUGGUACACUUAUUCUACUCUUUCAGUUUUGGGUUGAGCGAUACCAAAACCAUAACGAACCAUCAUCAUCCUAAACACAUCAAUUUGUCAACAAAUGUGAAUCCCCUUGGCUUUCUAACCUGCUUGCACCAUCAAGCCAGCGAACAUCACCGGGAUCUUCACUAUUCCAGGGUCUCUUUGACUCACUCUUCUUACGCAAGCGCUAUCUACUACUACGCUCCUACGCUGUGGACGGCAAAGCAUCACUACAUCAAAUUCGAAGAGGAGUCGAGAACUCGAUCAUUGCGCAAGCGAACUUCAGGAUCGAUGUCCAAGUGGAAGGAGUUAAGAAUUGAGUUGCACCCCCCGAGUUUAUCGACGGGUCUCACGGGGAAAGAGAGGAUGGACAAGACUGAAGGGGCUGCUGCGUUUUCAAGUUUCUUCCGAUGUUGAUGGACGGGACGGAAGGUGCGAUUUCCUAUCAGCCCCACAUUAUCGUCCAGUAUUAGUGUAUCUCUACUGCCUUAGACGACAGGAACCCCGGUCGGUGAUCUUUCUUCAGACAUUCUCACAUGAGAUCAUGACGGCAAGAACAACCAGGUGGCCGUCUCCCGUGAAGUGGAAGGGAAGCUUCCGCGAAAAAAGGCUCUGCGCAAAGCUAUCACCAUAAUCAUCUCUUCAUCAGACACAUCUCUGAUCACC